GCGGUGCACAGGCAAUCCAAUCAGAGUGAGGCGGUGCUGAGCUGACCGGAGGAGGGCUGUGAUUUCCUGCACGGUGCUCUCCUGCAUUUUAAAUCCCCCCCGUCUGCACAGGAGGGGAUAGCCGGAGGUUGAAGAGGAGGAGGAGGAGGUGGAGGAGGAGAGGACGGGGCAGCCUUUCUCAAGACGGCAGCUAGUUAACUCAGUUGGAGCGAGGAGGAGAGAAGGAUGCAGGCGUGAAGAGGAGGACAAGCAUCACCCUUUCAGACACCUGCUAAACGCUGCUGCCAGCCUCCCCCCCCCUCCCGUCUUGGCCUUUUCUCUCCUUUGUGUGGACUCUCUUUUCAUCCUGUCUGAUUUCUCUUUCUCUCUGAGCUGUUGUUUUUUUUGGGGCCUUCGCUGGCUUCUGGAGCCGCUACGCCUUUUUUCCCUCAGCGGUGUUGGUUUUGCCUCACAUCAGCUGAGUCAUCAUGUCCGAUCUGACGCCUCAGAGCGAAACCCCAACUCCCACCACGGACAAGAUCACCCAGGCCGCCCGCGAGACCAUUUAUCUCUGCAACUUCCGCGUGUCUGUCGAUGGCGAGUGGCUUUGCCUUCGCGAGCUCAACGACAUCUCGCUCACCCCAGACCCAGAGCCGGCCCAUGAAGAUCCCAAGGAUCCCAUCGCGAUUGAAAGGCUUAACUUGAUGAACAUGGCCAAACUGAGCAUCAAGGGCCUGAUCGAAUCUGCUCUCAACCUGGGACGCACGCUCGACUCCGACUACGCACCCCUCCAGCAGUUCUUUGUCGUGAUGGAGCACUGUCUGAAGCACGGCUUGAAAACUAAGAAGACGUUCCUGGGGCAGAACAAGUCGUUCUGGGGGGCGUUGGAGUUGGUUGAGAAGCUGACGCCCGAGGCAGGAGAGAUCACAGCCAGCGUUAAAGACCUGCCAGGCCUCAAAACUCCUCUGGGAAGAGGUCGGGCCUGGUUGCGACUCGCUCUGAUGCAGAAGAAGCUCUCAGACUACAUGAAGACCAUCAUCAACAGAAAGGACCUGCUCAGUGAAUUCUAUGAGGCCAAUGCGUUGAUGAUGGAGGAGGAAGGAGCCGUCAUCGCUGGGCUGCUCGUUGGACUAAAUGUCAUCGAUGCCAAUCUGUGCAUGAAGGGAGAGGAUCUGGACUCGCAGGUCGGAGUGAUCGAUUUCUCAAUGUACCUCAAAGACGGAGGACACAGCAGUAAGAGUGCAGAGGGCUCCCUCAGUGACGGUCAGAUCACAGCGAUUCUCGAUCAGAAGAAUUACGUGGAGGAGCUGAACAGACAUUUAAGCGCGUCGGUAAAUAACCUCCAGGCCAAGGUGGAUGCUCUAGAAAAGUCCAACACGAAGCUCACAGAAGAGCUUGCAGUGGCAAAUAAUAGGAUCAUCACUCUACAAGAAGAUGUGGAGAGAGUAAAAGAGGAGAGCUCGUAUCAGCUGGAGUCCAGAAAGGCUCUAAGAAGCGACUCGGCAGCAGAUGGACAAGCGCUCGGUGAAACACGCAAGCAGCUCAAAGAGGAAACUGUGCUCCGAUUGGACGUGGAGAAGGAGCUGGAGGUGCAGAUCGGGAUGAAGCAGGAGAUGGAGCUGUCGAUGAAGAUGCUGGAGAAAGACAUCUGUGAGAAGCAGGACGCUCUGGUGGAGCUCAGACAGCAGCUGGAGGAUCUUCGUGCCAUCAACCAACAGCUCGGACACAAGUCACAGAGUGCAGACGCCGGCUCUAAACAGAAGAGUGAGGUCAUCUCUCGCCUGGAGGAGAAAAUAAACCAGAUGUCGGGGACAGUAAAACAGCUGGAGACCAGAUGCAAACAGGCGGAGAGAGAGAGGGACCUGGCUCUGGAGGCCAACCGGCUCUUCAAGCAGGAGUUUGGAGACAAGAUAGAGAGUCUGCAGGUGGAGGUGGAGCAGCUGAGGAGGCACAGGUCACACCUGGAUCAUGAGCUGAGAAAAGAGCGAGAGCGGCGCGGCGAGCAUCAUCUCAUCGCCGGUGCCGGACCUGCCAGUCCUCAGAGGCAGCGGACUCUCCCGGAGAACACACCCAAACGGCUCCCAGAAUCUCCGUCAGUGAAAAGAUACACUGAGCCGUUGCACAUUGGACACGAGGACAGAUCCAGUCUGAGCUCCAGUUUGUCGUUGUCACAUCACGAGGACGAGCAGGACGAGUCGUUUGUGGACAUCAGCGAGCCGUCCGUGUGCACGAUGUGUGAACAGGACGACUCCCUCCUGAAGACAAAGAAACAGUGUAAGAACUGCAGCGGCGUCUUCUGUGAGAGCUGCGUGUGCAACGAGCUGCCGCUCCCUUCCUCCAUCCUCCCAGAGACGGUGUGCGCCGCCUGCUACUCUCUGUUACUGCAGCAAUACGCCUCCACGCCAACAUGAACGCACCUUGGACAUGUGGGAAACCAGAGGCAUCGACGCGUGACACUGGCACCGCAAACAAAUGCACUUUUUCACUCCUGAAUUCUGUGGAAUUUUUUUUAAUCACUUUUAAUCCAGCAGUGUCCAGAUGUGUAACGGAGAGCUGUGUACGUGCAGGUUUUUAUUUAGAUCAGAUGCUGUUGGAGUUUUAAAACCUCGAGUGUUGAGCUGCUGUGGUGUUUUUUAUUUAAAUACAAACCUGCACUUACUCAGCGGAAAGUGGUCGGACAUUAAAAAAAAAAUCAUCUCAAGUAAAAACUGACUUUCCACAGCGUCCACUAAGUGGACUCAUGAGGUCAACUGACGAUAUUUUUAACCUCAAUUUUAAAAGACAGAAAAAGCGAAAACUGGAUUUUCACAACACACGAUGAAAUGUGACUGUGCAGGUGGAGAUAAAACACCUGUGACCAAACACACAGAUAGAAAACUGUUUGUAAAAACUCUUUGACACGAUAGGAAACUGUAGGAAAAUGUUUAUUUCACUCAGUCGAUUGAGUUUAGAAAAUUAAAAUCGAUGCAAAAUUUCAAUAAACACUCAGAUCAUCAUCUCGUGUCUCAUCCCAGUAUUGAUGUGUCUGAAGAUGCUGGAGAUUGAGUCCACGUUUAAAUGUGAGGCAUCUGUCUGCAGAGGAUUAGCCUAGCUUAGCAUAAAGACUGGAAACAGGUGAGAACAGCUAGCCUGACUCUGUCACGCUGUCCUGGCUUUGCGUGAAAACCCGAAUGUUAAAUUGACAGGUUGAGGAUUAAAGUUGAUUGUGUCGUUUCUCCUCUUUACUCCAGCGCAUAGUAUUUCAGUUUGAGAGAAGGAUUCUGAUUUUGAAAUGCGUUCACCCAAAACCUUGAAAUCAAAUAGGCCCUGCUCGUGUUUAGAUUUGGUCCGCUUGUCCUCACUGAGCGCUUGCACUCAGAUUUCCUUGCACUUCAGCUUCAGCUGCUCCUGUUUGAGUUUGAAACAUCAGCUCUCUGAUUUUUUUUUUUUUUUCGUGCAAAGUCUGUCAAACUUCAGAGUGAAGUGAUGACAAAUGAAAUCGUCCCUUGUUUGGUUACUUUCCCAUAAAUGUACAAACACGUUGAGAUCGUGGAUUUUGCCUCCGUGUUGAUCAGCGAUCAGACGGCGAGAUCACGAGGGCGGGACAAUUUAAUUCAUCGACACUAAACCUGGCAUUCUUUUGGCUGUGGUUCUAUGUGAUGGAACAUUUCUGAGGUGGGAGAGAAAAAGACAGUGUUAAACUAUGAAACUGUAUUUUCGUCUUUUACUUUCAAACAAACACGAGUCGUUUCCCCAGAGAUGAGAAUUCUGGGUAAAAUGUUUCUGCUAAGGUUUUAAAUCUGCUGCUUUUAGGUUCUAAUGACAUUCUGAGAUUUUCUUGGCACUUUUAAAAAAAAACGCACCUGCCUGGUUUGAAGUGGACAAAUCAUCAUAUCAGCAGUUUUUAUGUUUUAUUAGUUUAUCUGAGGAGGAAUCAGAAACUGGUCAAACCUGUAGAUUUCUCUCAUUGGAGCUAAACGACAUGUAAGAUUGUGAAAAUGCUUCUGAGAUCAAUAAACUUUUGUUCUAUUUUAACAGUGA